CUUUCUCAGUUCACUUAUUAUUUGAAAUUUGGCGAGGCAAGAACUGUAAAAAAAGGGUGGACACUUAAAACUGAAAAAAACUGCUUUGCAGCAGACGUGGCCAAUUUUAAAACAAAUUGUGUUUGUUAUUAGAUUAUUAAAAAGUAUUAAUUGUUAGAAACAAAUAUAAAUAAACAUAAGCAGACAAUAUGAAGUACUUACUCUUAGUGGGAUUGUUAUUAAUUGCCGGCUUUGGACAAAUAAGGGCCGAUGACUCGCAAGAAGAAGUAGCCACCGAAACUGUCGACCUGAACUUGGGAUCAUUCAAAGAAGCUUCUAGAACCGAUUCCGAUGCUGUUCAACGUGAGGAAGAAGCCAUUAAGCUGGAUGGUCUUAAUGUGGCCCAGCUAAAGGAAAUACGCGAAAAGGCUGAAAAGUUCAAUUUCCAAACCGAAGUGAAUCGUAUGAUGAAACUCAUUAUUAAUUCAUUGUAUCGCAACAAGGAGAUAUUCUUGCGUGAAUUGAUUUCGAAUGCCUCAGAUGCCAUCGACAAGAUUCGCCUUUUGGCGCUUACCAAUAGGGAUGAGUUGGAAACGAAUCCGGAAUUGAACAUACGCAUUAAGGCCGAUAAGGAUAACAAAGUCCUGCACAUUAUGGACAGUGGUAUUGGUAUGACCCAUCAGGAUUUGAUCAAUAAUUUGGGAACAAUUGCCAAAUCGGGCACUGCUGAUUUCUUGGCAAAAAUGCAGGAUCCCUCCAAGGCUGAUGGUCAAGAUAUGAACGAUAUGAUUGGUCAAUUUGGUGUGGGUUUCUAUUCGGCCUUCUUGGUUGCUGAUCGUGUGGUCGUCACUACCAAGCAUAACAACGACAAACAGUAUGUUUGGGAAUCAGAUGCCAACAGCUUCAGCAUUACCGAAGAUCCCCGUGGUGAUACCUUGAAACGUGGUUCAAUUAUCUCCUUGUAUUUGAAGGAUGAGGCUCAAGAUUUCUUGGAGCAGGAUACAUUGCGUGAUUUGAUUCGUAAAUAUUCGCAAUUCAUUAAUUUCCCCAUUCGCUUGUGGACCAGCAAAACUGUAGAUGAAGAAGUACCCGUAGAGGAGGAAGUCAAAAAAGAGGACGAAACUGAAAAGCCCGCUAGCGACAAUGAGGAUGAUGUGCAAGUCGAGGAAGAUACCAAUGAAGAUGGUGAUGAUAAACCCAAAACCAAGACAGUCUCGAAAACCGUUUGGGAUUGGACUUUGAUCAAUGACAGCAAACCCAUCUGGACACGUAAACCCAAUGAAGUUACCGAUGAGGAGUACAAUGAAUUCUACAAGAGUCUAACAAAGGACACCAGUGAACCUCUAACCCAUACACACUUCAUUGCUGAGGGCGAAGUUACAUUCAAGAGUUUGUUGUAUAUACCCAAAAUUCAACCCUCGGAAUCGUUCAAUCGUUAUGGCACCAAAUCCGAUAACAUCAAGUUGUUUGUACGUCGUGUUUUCAUCACCGAUGAAUUCAACGAUAUGAUGCCCAACUAUUUGAAUUUCAUUCGCGGUAUUGUGGACUCGGAUGAUUUGCCUUUGAAUGUGUCGCGUGAAACUUUGCAACAGCACAAACUGAUUAAGGUCAUCAAGAAGAAAUUGGUGCGCAAAGUUUUGGAUAUGAUUAAGAAGAUCAACAAGGAGCAAUACGAGAAAUUCUGGAAGGAAUAUUCAACAAACAUUAAACUCGGCAUCAUGGAAGAUCCCAGCAAUCGUUCCCGUUUGGCUAAACUCUUGCGCUUCCAGUCAUCACAUGGCAAAGAUGUCACCUCAUUGACGGAAUAUGUUGAACGCAUGAAGCCCAAACAACAAAACAUUUACUUCAUUGCCGGUGCCAAUCGUGCUGAAGUUGAGAAAUCUCCCUUCGUUGAACGUCUCUUGGCCAAGGGCUAUGAAGUUUUGUAUCUAGUCGAAGCCGUUGAUGAAUACUGCAUCUCUGCCUUGCCCGAAUUCGAUGGCAAGAAAUUCCAGAAUGUCGCCAAGGAAGGUUUCAAACUUAACGAAUCCGAAAAGAGCAAAACUAAAUUCGAAGAAUUGAAGAAUACAUUCUCACCCUUGGUCAAAUGGUUGAAUGAAAUUGCCCUCAAGGGACAAAUCUUAAAGGCUGAAGUGUCCGAGCGUUUAAGCAACUCACCUUGUGCCUUAGUGGCCGGUAUGUUCGGCUGGACCGGCAAUAUGGAACGUUUGGCCAUGUCCAAUGCCCAUCAAAAGUCCGAUGAUCCUCAGCGUACCUACUAUUUGAAUCAAAAGAAAACUUUGGAAAUCAAUCCCAGACAUCCUUUGAUACGGGAAUUGCUCAGGCGAGUCGAGGCCGAUGAGGCUGAUGAGACAGCCAAGGAUAUGGCUGUCAUGAUGUUCCGCACUGCUACUUUGCGUUCCGGCUUUAUGUUGCAAGAAACUGCCGACUUUGCCGAUACCAUUGAGAAAAUGAUGCGUCAAACACUGGGUGUCUCACUCGAUGAACAAAUCGAUAUGGAUGACGAUGAGGGGGAGGAGGGCUGGGAGAGCAAUGAGGAGAACACCUCCACUGCCAGCAAUGACAACGAAGAAGAUGAUGAUGCUCAACACGAUGAACUCUAAAAACAUUCGCAGCAUUUUUUUCUCUUUAGUUUCUAGACUGAAUUUAUAGUUUCCUUUGGAAGACAAGAAGACGGCGUAGCUGUAAACAUUUCAUUGGAGAGAGCGGGAAAGUUUAUGCUUUCCUUGUCACCAUUUGCAUCUAAAUUCAACAUGAUUAAGUUGUUUUGUUUAGUUUUACAAUCAUUAUUAAGUUAAACAUAGCAUAUCUAAUUGUAAA